AUGGCCGAGAAACUCAUACCUGGCAUCCCACAUGCGACCCGCAUCGCUAUUCUGCAACAAACCGACGAGCAAGAAGAGACAUACGGCGCUGUUCUCAACCAGGACAAAACAGUUCUGGAGGCAGUUAUCAGCAGUGAUGAAUCCAGAAAUGAGGCGGUUCGAAUGGCUGAUUUCCUCUCGAGGAGCUUUGAGACCGAGGACCCCAUGCAGCCUGUGAAGGCGAUCCGCAAGAUCCGACACCAGAAAGCCGAGAAGCACCUUUUCCUCGCCCACAAGAAUGCAAGCUUGAAGAGUGGAGCUCGGGGCCUACAGGCGAGGAAGGAAUUGAAAGCCGCGGAAGUGAAACUCGAGGCCGCCACGGAGUUAUUGGCCCAGGAUACAGAUGCAAUUGAAGCGGAAACAGUUCAGUCAGACACGCAAGCGGCUGUUGAGACACUGCAGAGUCUGCAGUCCCAGUUGGAAGACAUGAAACUCGCCGACCUGGAACAACAGGCUCGGCGCAUCCUCGUCGGUCUUGGCUUCAAGGAAGAGGCAUUUGAGAAAAAGAUCUCGACACUCUCGGGAGGCUGGCGCAUGCGAUGCAUGCUCGCUAGUGUUCUUGUCCAAGACCCGGACAUUAUGAUCCUGGACGAGCCAACCAACUUCCUGGAUCUGCUCGGAGUUGUAUGGUUAGAGAAUUACUUGAAACAGCUCCGCGACACAUCGGAGACAACCAUCGUCUUGGUCUCGCACGACAGGGAUUUCAUUAAUGCAGUUUGCGAGGAGAUCGCCAUCAUCCGAGAUCAGAAGUUGACAUAUUUCAAAGGGAACCUCUCAGCAUACGAGGAAGAUUUCGAGGCACAGAAGCUCUACAUGGGACGUAUGAAGGAGGCCCAGGAGCGACAGAUCGCGCAUAUGGAGUCGAGUAUCCGCGAGAAUAUGAAGCUAGGCAAGAAGACCGGUGACGAGAACAAGCUGAGACAAGCCAAGUCACGUCAAAAGAAGGUCGAUGACCGGAUGGGUCUUCAGGUCAGUGCGAGCGGGGGUAGAUUCAAGUUGAAUCGCGAUUUGGUUGGAUGGCAUGAACACAAACGGGCGGAGAUCGAUGUCCCCGAAGAUGAAAGAGGCGCAACGAUGAGUCUUCCUGAUGCAACGGAGCUGCGGUUCCCGGGUCCGCUUGUUUCAGCGGAGGACGUGGUGUUUCAGUACAAGAAGACCGAUCGCAUUAUUCUGGAUACCGUGAACCUGGUGGUUCACCUUGGUGAUCGUGUUGGGAUCAUGGGACUUAAUGGAUCUGGAAAGACUACGCUGCUACGUGUUUUGACGGGACAGGCUGUUCCAUCCAAGGGCAAAGUCUCGACCCACUCCCGUCUGAAGGUAGGCUACUAUAGCCAACACUCGGUAGAGGAGUUGCAAGAGCGUGGCCGGGCGGAGCCUAGUAUGACUGCGCUGAGCAUGCUGACGGCUGAAACCGAGGGGACCCUCAAUGAGGGUGCCAUCAGAGGGCUAUUGUCUUCAAUGGGGUUAGCGGGUCGCAUUGCAUCUGAUGUGCCUGUGGCCAAGCUCUCCGGCGGACAGUUGGUUCGCCUUGCGCUGGCUCGCAUUGUUUGGAGUGCACCACAGCUUCUCAUCCUUGAUGAAAUCACCACGCAUCUGGACUUCUACACGGUCACUGCAUUAGCCACGGCUUUAUCGUCUUUCAAUGGCGCCGUGCUUUUGAUUUCACAUGAUCGAUUCUUGGUGCGGUCGGUCAUCGAAGGUAAGCGAGACACAGACCAUAAGCUCGACGAAGACUUCGAAGGACUAGAGUCAGAAAAAGCCGAAGAGACGCAAAGGCGUCGGUCGGUGUACGUGAUCAAGCAAGGCAAGAUGGUAGAACAGAAGAACGGGGUGGAACAGUUCGAGCAGAGUUUAGUAAAGCGAGUGCAGAAACUGCUGCCCGCUAUUUAG